CACUGGCACUAAAAUGAGGAAUAAUAAUAUUCAUUUAAAUAAAAGGUAGCAUGUAUAAAAUUAUUAUUUAUUAUUAUUUAACCUUUAAAAACUAAAUUAAGUUAAUUCUCAGUAGCAUUAGUUCAAUGUUAAAUGUAGAGUCAUUGUGUGAACCCAUUUUUUAUAUACAGUAGCUGUAAAAUACUUAUGCAUCUCAUUAAAGAAAUCACCAUUAUUCCUCAUUUAUACCUGUAAAUAUAAAAAUGUCUUGCGAUAGACACAGGAAACUCCCUUAUGGGGACCAGGACUCAGAACUUUUUUGCGUUUGUUAUAGAGAGUCGACUGUCUUUCAUAGUUGACAUCCUGUAGUGAGCCAAAUUUAAAGCUUUGUCCAACAGCUGUGUCAGUUCCCUGACGACCUCCGACAUGUUCCACCCCCUUGUCUAUCUGUCUGCUCUCAGCCUGCUGACAGGAGCUGCUGCUGAUGAAAUCAUCAAUGGCUCGUCAGUGCUGAAUACCUCGUGUCCCUUCAAUUAUUAUGGACAGACCUAUAAACAAAUCUAUGUGACCCUCUCCAACGACACAUUCGCCAUCUGUUUCAAUGGCUUCUACGACCCUCGCACCAGAGGAGACUGUAUUGUGGGGCCUCAAUUCCCACACCACCGAAUUACAUUUUAUACAUAUACAUGGUCGUACUACCCCCACUACUAUUACUGUAACAUGGGGCUAUAUACAUCAGACUACUACAAUUAUAAUUUUUCCUAUACACAAUUUUACUUUCAUAACUCGGACAGAGAAGCGAGUGUGAGUUUAUAUGGUGGCAACCGAGGAUCAUGGGUUUACAAUGUUCAGGUCAAUGGCGUCACAGUGGAUACGCUGAACAUUACUAACAAUCCUUCGACCUACUCAUCUUACGCAUCAGUAGAUAUCAGGGGAUGCAGACUCUCAGGUGUUGUGUACAAACCAGGUGCUGUGCUGACCACUAACCCUGAAAACUGCUCUUCUGUAAUCUGUGAUGAAGCUCUGGUCCUUCGUAGAGUUACUUGUAACCCCUGGGAGCAAUGUCAAGGAAACGGAAUCUGCGCAUCGCACACCUGCACUGUGACCGGACCCACUGUCAUCGACUUUAAUGGGCAACUUAACUCUAUCCAGGAUCGUUGCACUUACUCUCUGCUGUCCCAUUUCUCGGUUCCAAGUUUGCAAGUGCUGGCCAACUUCCAGGAGCGCCGUCGUAAAGAUGUGAGCUUUUUGGACAGUGUGACACUGGUACUGAAUGGGUCGGAUAUUCACAUCCACCUGAAACAAGGUGGGGUGGUUCAGGUUAAUGACACACCCUUGACCCUGAACGGCUUAGCUGAGAUAGUCGACGGUGUGGAGCUCUCCAAAGACCAAACUGGGGUCACAGCCAAGCUGACAUUUGCCAGCUACACCGCUUCUGUUUUCUUUGACGGCUAUACAGCCCAGAUCCAUACAGCAGUACCUGCUGGAACUCGUCUGUCUGGUUUGUGCACAAACUCCAGCGUGUCUCUGAGUCAAGUGAUGCUUCCUGGAUACAGUGAUGAUGACUGUGAGAUUCUAUACGACGAUGCUGCAUACAGUACAGUCAUCAACUGCCCUGUGGCAACUCAACGCUGCAAUGACCUAAGGGCGCCUCCCUUCACUUCCUGCAACACCCUCGUCGACCCACAGCCCUACAUCAACGCCUGUGUUGACACGUUGCGCAGAUAUCCUUUAGUGGACAAACUCUACUGUCAGUUUCUGCAGGCCUAUGCCAGAGCCUGCAGCCUGUCGAGCAACGACAGUGUGGGGAACUGGUGGUCAGGUCUAGGCUGCUCCCCUCCUCAGGCCUUCUGUCAGGACAGAAUAUGCAGCUCUCACGAGUUCUGUGGUCAGAACGCAGACGGUGGAAUCAGCUGCCUCUGUCGGGCCCUGUUCGCCGCCAGUUAUGACUCCACGGGUGCUUUGGGCAAUUCAGUGGUUUGCAGUCAUAACUCUGCUUCCAUCACCUUGGCCGGUUGUCUCUUGGAGAGAAGAAAUAUCAAUUACUUAACUUUACACCUCAAUAACAGAUCUUGCACAGGUCAGAUGGAUGAGCUGACCCACAUGAUAACCUUCAACUUUAACACCGGCAACACCUGUGGGGCCUUGAUCACAUACGACAAUGACCGCAUAGAGUACAGCAACACCAUCACAGCCGAGGACAGAUCACCUGGCAUGAACUUCUCCAUGAACUUCUCCUGCUACUACACUGAGCCUGAAAUCAAGAGCAUAGGAUUCAGAUUCAAAUCCAGCUCUGUGAUCCAGCAAAUCACAUCUGGAGCUUGGUCUUACAAUCUGACCAUGACAUCCUACACCAGCGUAGAAGUCAGGCCAGACCAGAGAAUCUGGGUGGAGCUGAAGGCUGAUGGUCUAAACGACAGCAUGGUUUUCGUGGUGACCGACUCCUGCUGGGCGAGCACUGAUCAGUCACCCAGGGGAGGCCAGCGCUACAACCUGAUCAUGAACGGUUGUCCUGCCACCCAAUCCGUGAAGAUGCAAGGAAACGGCCAAGGAACAUCCAACCACUUUUCCUUUACCAUUUUCCAGUUAAAUGGGCAGAUUGGUGACGUCUACCUUCACUGUAAAGUUCAGUUGUGUGUCAUUGGUAACAACUGUAUACCGGUGUGUAAGGGAGUUGCUCGAAGAUGCCGAUUCACCAGAAAUCAACCUAUGUAUGAGGAGGACUCUGCAGCUUUUGUCACCAUGAACUGGACCAGUUAGGCCCUUUUGCAGAUUCAGUUUCCUGUGAAACAGUGUGUUUUUUUUUUAAGUAGUGAAUAGUAUCUGAGGCUGAUUGACUGAUCAGUCAUAAGGUUUGAGGAAACGAUUUUCUGAGAUGAACCAAAAUCUCACCAUUAAAAAAUUAGUCCACAGAAAGAAAACGUAUUUUUCAGACACAAAGGUUGACACAACCCAUAACUAAACAAAGAAUCCUGUGGAAGCCUAGAACACAUUACAAUUGUUAAAUAACAACAUAUCAAUCACUGUUUGAUCUAGUCUUUUCUCAGGUGGUUUUCAAACUGACUCACCCAAACUGACCAGUUGUCGGCCCUUCGGAAUUUGUCGUUAGAGUAGCUUUGUAUUGGUUCUAAUCCGGUGUCUUUACAUUUUGAAAGAUAUUAAUGUUAAUAAAAUAUUUUUAAAUAUUAAUGGUAAUGUUAAGAUAUUAACAGACACAGGUUAAACAAAACAGCUGUUUAGAGACCAAGAAUCAUUAUUGUGUCUUUAAUCUAUAUAAUUGCUGUUUAAGUACCUUGGUGAAGGGAAGUAAAAGUGAUUAGUUCGAUACACUAACUUUGUUUGUUUUUUGGCUGAAUAUACUGGUUGAUUGAAUAUAUUCAAAUAGUUUGUAAUUUACAUUGAUUUCCUCUGAUUUCUGAAAAGAAAGUAUACAAAAAUAAUAAAGAGCUAGGAAAUGGGUGAAAGGCAAACCUGAGGUUGGCCUUUUUUUAUGCCUUGGCACUUAGCAUAGGAAACAUGGUUCAGUGAAUAGCAUGUGUCACACUAUGUACUGAAUUUUUGCAAUUAGUCAUGUUCAAAUUUCCACCUACUGCAAAGCAGACCAAUUGUAGCACUAAUGAUUUUUGCAGACAUCAUUCUGGCACAAUUUAUUACUGUUAACUAUUUACAUAUUACUGUAUAUACCAGUAUUACUUACAAGUACAAGUACAGUAUGUGCAAGUAUUAUUAAUGUUCUUGCACAAUUAUUAAUGUUUACUUUUCUUUUUGUCCCGUCAAUUGCUGCUGAAAACACAAGAAUUUCCUUAUUGUGUGAUUUAAAAAAAAAGUGAAAAGGAAGGAAGGACGUGAUGUUUGUUUAGAUCAUAUGGAAGUCGGCUGAAAGCAUGUUGUUGAUGGGAAUUUAAUAGAAAUAGUCAUCCUUGAUCACGAAAAAAUGUCUUAACAUACUUAUUAGGAUAGAUACAGUAGACCCUCCACUCUUUUCUAAAUAUUAUCGCCUUAAAUCUGGUAGUAACUGCUAAAAGUCGCAAGGCAAGCUUGUAACAGUCAAGCAUCUUUUCUUUAAAUGUCCUUCUAAUCUUCACAGUUAUCUAGUGUUAUCUCUGCUAAGUUAGCGCCUAGCUUAUCUUCCUGCUAUGGCUUCCCUCUCUCCCUCUGCCCCUCUGUUUGGUGCUCGGUGUGUUUUAUGUUUAGCUCAUCCUCUGCCUCCUUUAGUGAUAAUGGUUUCUGUAUUAAGUGUACGCCAGUUGCAGGUGUGGAGGCCAGGUAGUCAGGGCCCUUUAGCCAGUGCGGAGCUACUAGCAGUCCCCCCAGCAGAGCCUGAGCAGUUUUAGGCAGGCACCCACGGUUUACCACCAAGGAUUCCCACUCUGACGAUUGGUGACUGAGCAGAUGACAUUGAGUUUUAUCUUAAGCUUCUGUCUAAGGAUAGGUGUUGGUACGCUAAGAUUGUAAUACACGCAGGAGCUAAUGACGACCGGUGUCCAUCAAACGUUGUGGGCUUUGUGGCUAAUUGGAGCACUUUUUGGGGAAAACCUGGGCUGAUUAGAAGAGACGGCGUCCAUCCCACGUUGAACAGAGCCUCUCUGCUUUCUUUUUUUUUUUGGGUGGGGCCGAGGCCACAACUGGCCUCAGCCCCAGGCCCCAGUGAAAGAGCCCACCCCCGGCCCUAAAUGUAUGUGUAUGUAGCUAAGUAUGAGGAACUUUGGGAGAUACCCAAUUCUCCGGGGGGUCCAGCAGACAGAGCCAUCAAUGGGAAGGCUCCGUCUACUGGCCCCCCCGGAAGGAGCCCCCAGAUUCCUGGACAAGUGUGUAUGACUAAUGCAAUUAAAACUGCAGAGCAUCCCACUUGGAAGGGACGGAACCACUUCCCAGUAGCCCCAGUCCCUCCAUCAGCAGGACACCCCUUGCAGACCUAAGUGGAUGAAUGCGGAGAAAUGUAGUUGGGAAGCAGAGCGCCAGGGUCCGCAGAGCCAGGUUCCCGACUGGCUCUGCUACCUAUCCCACCACCCCCCACAACCCCCAGCCAGGAAGGGACAGCCGAGACCCAGGGAUCGCAGUACUACUGCCCAGGCGCCACACGCAGCACAGCCAGAGCCAUCCUCACCCUUCUUUCACACUUACCCAUUCUCUCGCUCAAGUAUGCCCAUGCUCGCCCCGUGUAGUGUGACACUCAAACCCACACACAUACUCUGCGGUUGUGCAUUGAGGGCCAGCCUCCGCCCAGGGCCCAAUGAAGGUUCUAGCCUGAGUAGUACGCCAACCCCCCCUGCAACAGGCCCGAGCAGUUACCAGAGGGCGUCGGACCGCUAGGGCAGGCAGCGCCCCACCCGAGCAGGGGCAGCGCCCCAGGGGAGAGACACCCCUCCGGGCACAGGCAGGCACCCCCAGAGGGAGUCCCCCGGACGCAGGUCACCCAGGUCUCCACCCCCAGGUCCGCCCCCGCACACCGGCAGGGAGGCCCGCCUCCGGCUCCCCGGAGACAGGCACACGCCAACCCUCAAAAUGGUCCCACCCCGGCACAGGGCCGCCGGUCUCAGCAGUCACCACACCCCCGCCGCAUGGGACCCAUGCGGCCAGCCCAGAGUCCACCAACCCGUUGUCCCGGUUCCUUAGGCAGGCAGGCACCACCAACCACCAGUCACCCCCCCACCACUGUGCCAGACACGACGCAGCACCCGAGCCCCACGCAUCCUUACCUGGAAAUGGAAUCAAUCAGAGUAUAGUUUUGGUCAUUGAUUUGAUGAAGCAGACAAUGUGUCUAAGGUGGUAUAAUCUAACAAGCUGUUCAGGUAUUGAGUAAUGCUUAAUUUUUUUUAGUUUUCCAGUUCAUGAGGAUGAUUUUCUUUGCGACACAGAGGGCAGAAAGAAGUGUGUGUGAUGAGUUUGUCUCUAGAUCAAGCCCACUUAGAUCUCCUAGAAGACAAAGUGCAGGGGCUGCUGGGAUUGGACAGCUUAACUGGGUUGACAGGUGUUCACAUACUCUUUGCCAAAAUUGCUGCACAGGUGAACAUGACCAGAAUGCAUGUAGGAAUCUAUCUGCUGUGUUAUCUGUACAGUGAGGGCAAAUAUUUGAGUUUGUGAGACCCAUUUGGAACAUCCUUUGUCCUGUAUAGUGAGUUUUAUGAAGAAUUUUGUAUUGUAUUAGUUGUCAAUUUGUAUUUUUUGUCAUUCUGAAUAAAUUAGAACAUAUGUUAUUCCAGAACGUGUAAUUAGUGGUGAUAUUGAGAUCAGCUUCCCAUUUAGAGAUCGGAAGGCUCACUGUCUGGUCUACAUUGGAAAUUAAGAUAUAGAUUUUGGAUACUGUCCUUUUCCCUGAUAUAUCAAUAAAUCGCUCUAUUACUGGUGGUGGUUGCAUGUGGAUGGCAGUAUUCUUACUUUUUGCAUUAAGUAUUGACUUUAGUUGUUGGUAUUCUAAGAAAUUGGCACUAGUGAUUUCAUAGUGAGACACUAGUUCUUCAAAAGAGGUAAACUUGUCUCUUGUGAAAACAUGUUUCAGAUGUGUUAUCCCUUUGAAAUGCCAAGUUGGAAAGUGUAUUGCCUUUUUGUUUUGUAUGAUGUCUGGAUUGUUCCAGAGAGGUGUGUUUUGGCAAAGAGUAAGCGAAGACCCAUUCAUUUUAAGAAACCCCCACCAGGCUUGCAGAGAUGCUUUUAUGCUAAUGUUCUGGUAACAACUAUGAUAUUUGAUUUUGGUGCUGAUAAAGGGCAGAUCUGCAACUUUAAUAUUUCCACAAAAUGUUUGUUCAAUGUCUAUCCAGGAGGAGUCUGCUGGCAUGGGUUUUAUCCAUUUGUGGACAUGGUUCAGUCUAUUGGCAAGAAAAUAGUGGUGGAAGUUAGGUAGUUCUAGGCCGCCGCAGCGUCUAGAUUUUUGAAGAGUUUUUAAACUAAUUCGUGGUGGCUUGGUUUUCCACAAAAACUGUGAGAUGUAGGAGUCUAAUGUCUUAAACCACGCCUGGGCUGGCUGAGUUGGAAUCAUUGAAAAUAUGUAAUUAAUUUUUGGCAGGAUCAUCAUUUUUAUGGUGGCAAUUCUUCCCAUAAGUGAAAUGGGUAAGGACUGCCAUCUUUUGAGGUUGGCUUCUAUUUGUUUUAAUAAUGGAUUGUAGUUUAGAUCAAUAAGCUCUGAUAGCCUAGACGACAAUUCAAUGCCCAAGUAUUUAAUGUUCCCUGAAUGGAGUGUGGUAGAGGAGAUGUUAGUCACCUUAAGGUUAAGUGGUAGCACUAUAGAUUUGGCCCAGUUAAUAGAGUACUCUGAAAGUCCUGAGAAUUCAUCUAUGAGGCUGAUAGUUGUAGGAAGAGACGUCUGUGGCUCCAGGAGAAACAGUAACACAUCGUCAGCAUAUAAACUUAUUUUAUGAUUUACUGAUUUGGUCGAUAUUCCAGUAAUUCCUUCAUGCUGUCGUAUUGCUGCGGCUAGAGGUUCAAUAAAUAUUGCAAAUAGUGAUGGGGACAGUGGGCAGCCCUGUCUUGUCCCUCUAUGCAGAUUAAACCUUGGUGAGAUCUGGUUGUUUGUUCUGACUGCAGCGUUUGCUGAGUUGUAUAAUAUUUGGAUCCAGUCUAUGAAUGUUUCCCCAAUGCCGAAUUUGUGCAGAGUGGCUAAAAGAAACUUCCAGUUUACUCUAUCGAAAGCUUUUUCUGCAUCUAAGGAGACGAUGGCUGACUCUAGUUUAUGGAUGGUGACAUAAUCAAUUAAAUUAAUUAGUCUGUUCAUAUUGUUUGUUGACUGUCUACCUUUAAUGAAGCCUGUUUGAUCAGAGUGAAUUAUAUAUGGAGUGAUUUUUUCUAGUCUUCUAGCAAGUGCUUUACACACUAUUUUUAGAUCUACAUUUAUUAGUGAAAUUGGUCUAUAACUCGAUGGGAGUGUAGGGUCUUUUCCUGGUUUUUGGAGCAGGCUUAUGAAGGCAGAAUUCAUAUUUGUGGGUAAUGAAUGUUGUUGUUUAAUUUCAGCUAACAUUUUGUAAAAGCUGGGUGCCAGCAUGGACCAGAACUCUUUAUAAAAUUCAGUUGGGAAUCCAUCUGGUCCUGGAGCUUUUUUAUUGGGCAUCUCCUGCAGAGCUUCAUGUAGUUCUGCCAAAGAUAACAAUGAAUCUAGAGUUGUAGAUUGUUCUUCAUUUAGCUUUGGCAGUUCUAGUUUAUUCAGAAACGCCUCUAUGGCUGAGGUGGGUGGAUCUAUUUGGGACGUAUAUAACUCUUGGUAAAAGUUUUUAAAGGUAUCAUUUAUUUCAUGGGGAUCACAAGUAAUGUUGCCUUCCUUAUUAGUUAUUGAAUGGAUGAUUUGUUUCUCUUUAUUAUUUUUUAAUUGGUUAGCUAGAAAUUUACCACAUUUAUUAGCAUGGUCAAAGUUCUCCCAGCGUAAUUGGUCUAUCUGAAACUGAGUUUUGCAAUCAAUUAUAUUAUUUAAUUUCAGCUUUAGAUUCUUUAGGUCUUCUAGGACAUCAUUGGUUGGAGAGGCUGCAUAUUUAAUCUCUAGAGAUUUUAUUUUUUGCUCUAAUUCUAAUUCAAGUAACAUGUCCUUUUUUUUGUGUGUGAUGAAUAUGAAAUAAUUCUACCGCGCAUAACUGCCUUCCCAGUCUCCCAAAGAACACAGGGUGAGAUUUCCGGUGUAUCGUUGAUUUCUAUAAAGGUUUUCCAUUCUCUCCUGACAUAGCUGAUGAAGUCUUGAUCAUUGAGUAAUGAUGUAUUAAACCUCCAAUUCCUGGUU